AUGAACGAGAUUGAAAUUACGGAAACAAAGAAAGAGGAAGGAAUCGCAUUAUUUGAUGAGAAAAUGAAAGAAGCCCAAAAAGCUGCCAUGGCUAAUAGGUGGAAAGACUUCAAGAAAAUAAUAAAGAAAGACAACAUAAACAUACUUGAGUGGUUUGACCUAUUUGGGAACACUGCGAUUCAUAUUGCAACUCGCUCUAACGAUCCACAACUUCUCGAAGAAUUAAUAGAAAUGUUACCCGAAGGACAUAGGUGGCACGCUCUCUGCAUGAAGAAUCGUGAAGGAAACACUCUUCUGCAUGAGAUUGUCUUUUGCAAAGAAGUACAAAUGGCAAAUGUUGUGUUUCAUUUUGAGAAGAAUUUACAACCACAAACAGGGAUCAAAUGCCCACUCAUAGAUUUAACAAAUAACAAAGGUGAAACCCCUUUGUUCAGAGCUGCAAAGUAUGGUAAGCUAAAGAUGCUUAAGCAUAUGGUUGACCAUAUGAUCAAAAAUAAUGUGCAAGACAUUCGAAAACAUUUACAUAGAAAUCCCAGUGUUUCAGCUCUCCAUGUUAGCGUGAUUGGGCAAUAUUUAGAUGUUGCACUUUGGUUAGUGAGAAUGGACAAAACACUUGCUAAUGAAAAGUAUAACAAUGAAUUUACAUCUCUUCAACUUCUUUCCAAAAUGCCACAUGUUUUUCGAAGCCACUCUCCCAUGGGACCAGUGAAGAGCCUCAUAUAUUUUUUGCUUCCAGUCGAAAGACAUGAAAUUGAAGAAGAUAAAAGUUUUGAGUUGUUCAAACUUACGAGAGAUUUAGAAAGUGGUAAAAUGGAUGACAGGAAACUCGCCUAUUCAGAGUUUGAAGGGAUUAAUCAUAUGUGGCAACAAAAGAAGCAGCAUAAGCUUGCGGAGUGUCUAGCAGAUAUUUUAGUGAAAUAUGAUUUAUCAUGGCAGGAAUCUUAUAAUAACAUUAAAAAGACAUUGAUUGCAAUGCCAUCACUUCCCUUCAAUGUGGCCAAAAGAAGAAAGCAAAUUGAAUCCAAGAGGCAAGAGAAGCUCGAGAGCAUUGAAGAAUGCCUCAAAUAUAGCUACACACCACUACUCAUAGCAGCUAGCACUGGAAUUGUAGAAAUUGUUGAAAAAAUUCUUGAUGUGCAUCCUGAGGCUAUUUCUCAUGUUAGCAAGGAUGAGCAAAAUAUACUGCACAUGGUCAUAAAGCACCGCCAAAGGGAAAUCUUUCGAAUCAUAAAGAGAAAAAAAGCACUUGAAUCAUUGGUUCCUCGCAUCACAAGGAAGAAUCGUACUAUCUUACAUCAAGUUGCAAGGAUGGAUUACUACAAAGAAGGCCACUUAGCAGGAGUGGCAUUCCAACUCCAAGAUGAAUUGCGUUGGUAUGAGAGAGUGAGAAGAAUAGUUCCACAGCAUUAUUAUUUGCAUUGCGACAAUGAUGGUCAAACAGCAGGAGAUGUUUUGGAUAUUGAGCAUGAUGAAAUGCUUAGUGAUGCAAAAAAAUGGCUGAAGGAAACAGCUCAAUCAUGUUCCACAGUGGCUGUUCUAGUUGCCACAGUGGUGUUUGCUGCAGCCUACACUAUUCCAGGAGGAAGUGAAGGAGGUACCCCUGUGUUUCUUAAUUCUCCAAUUUUUCUCAUUUUCACUAUAAUGGAUGUUGUGGGUCUUGCUACCUCGCUAGCUUCAGUGGUAAUGUUUCUUUCCAUCCUCAGUUCCCCAUGUGAGCUUUGGGAUUUUCACAAGUCUCUCCCACGAAAAUUGAAUUUGGGAUUUACUUUGUUGUUCAUCUCUUUGAUAACAACAAUGCUAGCAUUUAGUGCAACCAUUUUGCUGACUAUUCGAUUGGAAUGGAAGAAAUGGACAUCAACUUUGAUAUAUAGUGCUGCUUUCUUUCCAGUCACUGUGUUUGCCAUAAUUCAGUUUCCUCUGUAUAUUAUGACUAAAGACAUGGUCAAGCAGGUUGGCAAGCUACUUAAGAAGGAUGCAUGUAUGAAUGUGUAA